AACAAAUUUUGCUUUUAACCUUCUUCCCUCAACCGACCUCCGAGCCAUCGCCGCAAGUAUAUAAAUAGCUCAUCCCUAACCUCUAAACACUUUUUCUUUCCUUCUUCUUCUUCAUUUUCAAUCGAUCGAGAUAGAGAGAGAUGUCAGGCUUAGCUUGUAAUUCGUGUAACAAGGAGUUCGAAGACGACGCUGAGCAGAAACUCCAUUACAAGUCCGAAUGGCACCGUUACAAUCUCAAACGCAAGAUUGCUGGUGUUCCUGGAGUUACGGAAGCACUUUUCGAAGCUAGACAAGCUGCGAUUGCUCAGGAGAAGGUCAAAUCUAACGAAGCACCAUUGCUUUAUAGUUGUGGAAUCUGUGGUAAAGGUUACAGGAGCUCCAAGGCUCAUGAGCAGCAUCUCAAGUCGAAGAGUCACGUUUUGAAAGCUUCUUCGCAAGGGACGAGCAACGGAGACGAGGAUAAAGCGAUCAUCAAGCAGCUUCCUCCUCGCCGUGUUGAGAAAAACGACCCUUCUCAACUAAAAGGUUCGAUUGAGGAAGAGAGUGAAGAGAGUGAAGAUGAAUGGGUUGAGGUUGGUUCUGACGAGGAUUUGGACGGUGAAGAUAUGGAUGCAGACGAGUCUGGUUCUGGUGAUGAUAUGGAUGAGGAUGAUAUCGAGUUUGAAUUGGAUCCGGCUUGCUGUUUGAUGUGUGAUAAAAAGCAUAAGACGAUUGAGAAGUGCAUGGUUCAUAUGCAUAAGUACCAUGGAUUCUUCAUUCCCGAUAUCGAAUACCUAAAGGAUCCAAAAGGGUUUCUAACCUACGUUGGUCUAAAGGUGAAGAGGGACUUCAUAUGUUUGUACUGCAAUGAAUUGUGCCAUCCAUUUAGUAGUUUGGAAGCUGUGCGGAAGCAUAUGGAAGCUAAGGGACAUUGCAAAGUGCAUUAUGGUGAUGGUGGCGAUGAAGAAGAUGCAGAACUUGAAGAGUUCUAUGAUUACACCAGCAGCUAUGUCAACGAAGGCGAAAAUCAGAUGGUUGUAUCCGGAGAAUCAGCUAACACCGUGGAGCUUUUUGGUGGGUCUGAGCUUGUGAUCACCAAAAGAACCGAUGACAAAGUGACGUCUAGGACUCUCGGGUCUCGAGAAUUCAUGCGCUACUACAAACAGAAGCCACCUCCAUCUUCUCAGAAGCACAUUGUCAACUCAUUAACCUCGAGGUACAAGAGCAUGGGUCUAGCAACAGUGCACUCGAAGGAGGACAUAGUGAGGAUGAAGGUGAUGAGAGAGAUGAACAAAAGAGGAGCGAAAAUGCGUGUUAAGCUUGGAAUGAAGAGCAACGUCAUCAGAAACCUGCCCAAUAACGUCACGUAUUAAGUCUCUGGUAAACUCUUUUGUUUGAUUCUGUAACGGAUCAUUGUAAUUGUGAGAGAUGAUCGACAAACCAAAGUUUUAUGGAACUUGUGUUGGUCAGUGAGUGCAGAACCUAUCUGAGCUUAUAUGCAUUUGAAGGGUCUCACUCUUCGAUUUUGUGCCAUUUAGUCUCGAGAAUGUUUUACUUUUGAGCAGAGUUUGUAUCUCUUUUGUCCCGUACUUUAUUGUCCUAUUUUUUUUUGUUUUUUUGUUUUUGUUUUUUGUUUUUUGGUAACUACACAGUCUACACUCUACACUCUAUACUAUCUAAUCAAUAGUUAUUUACCUUUAAUAAACGAUG